AUGGCAGCACCUCAAGGGGGUUACCCUCCCCAAGAAGGGUACGGCCAACCUGGCGAUUAUGGCUCCCCUACCCAACAACAACCCGGAGUGGUCGCCGGUGCCGCCCACCAAGGCCACGCAGGAGGCAAGAAGAAACGAGCAUACGCCGGGGAGGCUUUCGGAUUCGGAUCGGGUGCCAAUGCUGCCCUGGGAGGUCAGCCUCCAGCGGGUGGGAGCUAUGGGGUCUAUCCACCCCAGCCGCAAGCUGCGGGAUAUCAACAACCUGUAUACGGCGCGGAUCCGCAUCAGAUGAAUGCCGCGGCGCCGGGAUACGCUACCCCUGCUUCUCCAGGAGUCGCCCAAAUGACACAACAGUUUGGCGCGAUGGGUAUGACCGAUCCGCAUCUCAUGCCACCGCAGCCUCAGCAAGCCGCCGUGACCCCUCAGGCUCCCCGACCUGUCCCUCUCAACCAGCUCUAUCCUACAGAUCUUCUCACGCAACCUUUCAAUGUUGCAGAGCUUGACUACCCUCCUCCACCGAUCGUUCUCCCGCCGGGUACCAGCGUCUACCCAUCUCCCCAAGCGAACUGCCCUCCGACAUACGUUCGGUCGACCCUGAAUGCCGUGCCUACGACCCACUCCCUCCUGAAGAAAUCCAAGUUGCCUUUCGCUCUUGUUAUUCAGCCCUACGCGGCUCUCCAUGAUGCAGAGGAUCCCAUCCAAGUGAUCCCCGAUCAGGUCAUCUCGCGUUGCCGGCGCUGCCGAUCCUACAUCAAUCCAUUCGUGACCUUCAUGGACCAUGGACAUCGCUGGCGUUGCAACAUGUGUAAUCUCACAAACGACGUGCCCCAGGCGUUUGAUUGGGAUUCUGCUCUGCAGAAGCCUGCGGACCGCUCCUUGCGGCCUGAUCUCAACCAUGCAGUCGUCGAAUUCGUUGCUCCUCAAGAGUACAUGGUCCGGCCUCCUCAGCCGCUUGUAUACCUUUUCUUGAUUGACGUGAGCUACGCGUCCGUCACAAACGGCCUUCUAGCGACGAGUGCACGGUGUAUCAAGGAAAGCCUCGACCGUAUCCCCAACGCCGAUCGCCGGACCCGGCUCGGUUUCAUUGCGGUUGACUCGAGCCUUCACUACUUCAGCAUUCCCAGGGAUGGUUCGGAGAACUCUGACCCAAGAAUGCUCGUUGUCAGUGACCUGGAGGAGCCUUUCCUGCCUAUCCCGGGCGACCUGCUGGUGACUUUGAGCGAAUGCCGCGAGAAUAUUGAGACAUUCCUCGACAAGUUACAGGAGAUGUUCCAGAACACGCAGAACAAUGGGUGUGCCAUGGGAUCAGCUUUGCGGGCUGGUUACAAGCUGAUUUCUCCCGUCGGAGGAAAGAUGACUGUCCUGAGCUCCUCGUUGCCAAACAUCGGUCACGGUGCGCUGACCAUGAGAGAGGACAAGAAGGUUCUGGGCACUAGCAAGGAGAGCAGUCUUUUGCAGACGGCGAACAGCUUCUACAAGAGCUUUGCUGUGGAGUGCUCCAAGGCGCAGGUUUCGGUUGACAUGUUCCUUUUCUCUUCCCAGUACCAGGACGUGGCAUCCUUGAGCAACCUCCCGCGAUACACUGGCGGUCAGACAUACUUCUAUCCUGGAUGGAAUGCUGCCCGGCCAGAGGACGCGAUCAAGUUUGCUCGCGAAUUCUCCGAAUACCUGUCGUCGGAGAUCGGCCUUGAAGCCGUUCUCCGUGUUCGUGCCACGACUGGUUUGCGCAUGAACACCUUCUACGGUAACUUCUUCAACCGCAGCUCCGACCUGUGCGCUUUCCCAGCAUUCCCUCGCGAUCAAGCGUAUGUUGUUGAAGUUGCUAUUGAUGAAACGGUUACAAAGCCCGUUGUUUGCCUACAGACCGCAGUCCUUCACACGACAUGCAACGGCGAGAGACGGAUCCGAGUCUUGACCCUUGCUCUUCCCACGACCCAGAACCUUGCUGACGUAUAUGCAUCGGCGGACCAACAAGCGAUCGCUACUUACUUCAGCCACAAGGCUGUUGAAAGAGCUCUUAGCAGUGGAUUGGAGCCCGCUAGGGAGGCCUUACAAGCCAAGGCCGUGGAGCUCUUGUCGACAUAUCGGAAAGAACUUGCUGGAGGAAGCGUAAGCGGUGGUGGCCUGCAGUUCCCUGCCAACUUGAGAGGACUCCCAGUCCUUUUCCUCGCUUUGAUCAAGAAUCUUGGCCUUCGGAAAUCUGCCCAGAUUCCCACGGACAUGCGCUCGGCAGCGCUGUGCUUGCUUUCCACACUCCCUCUUCCUCUUCUUAUGCAAUACAUUUACCCAAAGAUGUAUUCUCUCCACGACAUGCCCGACAAUGCAGGAUUGCCGGAUGAGCAGACGGGCGAGAUCGUCCUUCCUCCCCCCGUGAACCUGUCUUCUGAACGCAUUGUCCCAUAUGGUCUUUACCUGAUCGAUGACGGGCAGACACAAUUCCUCUGGGUCGGACGAGACGCAGUGCCGCAGCUUCUCCUUGACGUUUUCGGGUUGGCUGACCGGACACAACUUCGUGUGGGCAAGCAGAACCUUCCGGAGCUGGACAAUGACUUCAACCAACGUGUGCGUGCGGUUAUUGAGAAGAGCCGUGACCAUCGCUCCAAGGGUGUUGGCAGCAUUGUGGUGCCUCAUCUGUACGUGGUCAAGGAGGAUGGAGAGCCGGGUCUCCGGCUGUGGGCGCAGACGAUGCUGGUGGAGGACCGGGCCGACCAGAGUGUCAGUCUUGUGCAAUGGAUGGGAUCCCUGCGGGAAAAGGUUUGA